AUGAAGGCUCAAGACUAUAUUUUAAUUUUUGUUGUUAUAUCAUUUCAGACAGCGCCAAUUUCUGCUGACAUUUUCGAAACAUUAAACCCUCUUAAAUGGGAUUCCUCGCAGUCGGUCGAUAUUUCUGAAUCGUUACAAUCCGACAUCGACUUUUCUUCAUAUGAAAUCUCCGAAUCGGAAGAUUACACAAACAGCAUUUACGGUUACACUGUACAAAACCUCGAUGGUCAGGACGUUUGCUUGAAUGAAUAUUCUGGACAAGUAUUGAUCAUUGUGAAUUACGCGUCCACAUGUGGUUUCACCUACGAAAACGUGUGUGCUCUUUCCGAAAUGUCUAAAAAGUACAAGGAUCAAGGCUUAACGAUACUAAUAUUUCCUAGCAAUGACUUCUUUGAGAAUAUUGGUGGGAAUACCGCAGCGAAAGAAUUGGCAAAAUGUCAUCCUGAAUUUGAAGUAUUUUCGGAAAUUUGCGUAAAUGGCGAAUCACAACAUCCGAUGUACAGAUUUCUCAAGAAGAAGUUACCAGGGUUUUUGAGUACAGAAGCUAUUAAAUGGAAUUUUACAAAAUUUGUAGUAAACAGACACGGAUAUCCUGUUCAACGAUAUUCGGCAACAGACAGUUUUGAUGCCAUAGAAGAAACAGUACAAGAACUAUUAACGGAUAAAUGUAGCUGCUAAUGUGACGAUUAAAUCAGUAUUGUCCAGCUACCAACUCCAUUUUAGUACACAAAAUGAAUUUAGUUUUCUAUUAUAUCCAAAUUUAACCUGGCACAUACGUUACUUCAUACAGGUACUUGUAUUAUUAUAUUAUUAUAAAAAAUAUUUUAUUAAUCGCGAAUGUUACAUUAACUUUGUUAUAAUCAAAUGUAUUGCAUUAUUUUAAUAAAUUCAAAAUGCAGGUAA